AUGGAAUUUUCGAUGGGGAGCACUAAGCUUUUGAUUCAAUUUGAAAGAAUGGUGAACUGGUUGAAACUUCUACUGCAACUUCAUCACACAAAUGAAAAUGACGAACUUAGUUUAAGAGGCCUUGUGCCACUUGAGAAUGAUAAGGAGAGAGAUAAGGGAGAGGAAAAAGCAAAUGAUCAAUUGGAAAGAGAUCAGCGGUCAACUGAAAACCGAUCCAUGUGGAUAUGUCCACAUAGAUAUGGGAAACUUUUACUAUCAAAAGUUACUGUACACAUAAACAAUGUAACAGGUAAACCUGCUAACUUUAAACAAAAUGAUAUAUUAGACAGCAAAAUCUCCCGAAGAGCAUCCAGUUUGAUCCGCCAUCCAGUAGCUGCCAUGAAAGGCGAUCAUCGAUCGCUUCUACUUGCUACAGUCCUAAUUUCAUCACUACUACUCUCGGCUUUCAUACACGAUACAAGAGCUGAAGUCAUAACCCUAACUGAAAGUACCUUCUCCGACAAGGUAAAAGAGAAAGACACUGCUUGGUUUGUGAAAUUCUGUGUUCCUUGGUGCAAGCAUUGUAAGAAGUUGGGUUCUUUGUGGGAGGAUCUUGGAAAGACAAUGGAAGGGGAGGAUGAAAUAGAGGUUGGUGAAGUGGACUGUGGUACUAAUAAACCUCUUUGUUCAAAAGUUAAAAUCGGAUCGUAUCCCUCAUUCAAGCUUUUCUAUAAUGGAGAAGAAGUUGCCAGAUAUCGAGGUGCAAAGGAUAGGACGAUAAAGAUUUAUGAUCUACCUUACACUUUCAGUUUCAGGAGGUCUAUCUGAAAAUUAUCCGAGCAGACAUACACUAGUUUCAUGACAUUAUUUUAUAGUUGUACAACAUUAUUGGCGAUCACGCAGCUAAUAUUUUAUUCUGAUAGAAACUUUUUUGGGAAUGAACUAUUAUGCAUUUUCUUUCCCCCCCAAUUUUUUUUUUUU